AUGUAUAAUCCACCACCACCAUCCGGUUCACAAGGUAACAAUAAUUAUUAUAGACAACCAUCAUCCACACCCGGUGUUUCUAACCCAAAUCCACAAGCUAAUCAAUUUUUACCACCUCCACCUUCUAAUACACAAGCUCCAAGACCAGGAUUUCCACCAAGUGCUCCACCACCAAGUGCCCCAGCAGGACAAUACAGUAUGCCACCACCACCACAACAACAGCAACAAGCAGGACAAUAUGGUAUGCCACCACCACCAUCAGGUUCAGGUAUAGGUACAGGUGUUUCAUUAGUAAAAGAUCAACAAAUUUCAUUAAGUAAAGAGGAUCCAUAUCUUAGAAAAUUAACAGUAGGUUUAGGUUGGGAUGUAAAUACAACACCAAGUGCACCAUUUGAUUUGGAUGCAGUAGUUUUUAUGUUGGGUGCAAAUGGUAUGGUUCGUCAACCAGCAGAUUUUAUUUUUUAUAAUAACAAACAAUCUAGGGAUGGUUCAAUCUUUCAUCAUGGUGAUAAUUUAACAGGUGCAGGUGAUGGAGACGAUGAAGUCGUAUCUGUAAACUUACAAGCAGUUUCACCUGACGUUACUCGUUUGGUUUUCGCCGUCACCAUUCAUCAACCUGAAUUAAGAAGACAAAAUUUCGGUAUGGUUCCAAGAGCUUUCAUUCGUAUUGCAAACCAAGAAACAACUAGAAAUAUAUGUAGAUACGAUCUAACCAAUGAAGGUGGUACAAAUACUGCUAUGAUUGUUGGUGAAGUUUAUCGUGAUCCUCAAAAUCCUCAAAAUUGGUCAUUUAUUGCUGUUGGUAAAUCUUUCCCUGGUGGUUUACAAUUCCUUUGUCAAAUCUUUGGUGUAAAUGCGUCAUAA